AUGACUAGUUUUAUGAGUGAAAUACCAACAACAAGUACCACUGGAGCUGAACCACAAGAAAUUAAAAUGGAGAGUUCAGUUCAUAUUCAAGAGAUUAAUGCUGAUAGUGUUCAAAUGAAGACAGAACAAAUUGAUUUAAAUAAUGCUGGAGUAGUACAAACGAAAGAACAACUUGAUUUAAAUGUCAACACACAACAAGUAGCACAUGUUCUUGAUCUUAAUCAACCAAUUACACAAGAACAAAAUGAAUGUGGACAAAGAAUUGAAGAAGGUCAAAUGAUUGAUCAUAAUCAAGUUCAACAAGAAACAGAUCUUCCACCAGAAAUACCACAACCAAUGAUGGGUGAAUUACCAUAUGAUGGAGAAGUAAAUGAAUUAUAUCCAAUGCAUUUAAUGAAUGACCAAAAUCUUUCAAUGACACAAACAUUAUUACCAGAUUGUCCAGUUAUUGAAGAACAACCAUCUCCAUUAAUGCAAACAAUAAAUGCUAGUGAGUCAAAACAAAAUAAAUGUAUUCAUAAAGAAAUUGUUAAAGAUAAAGAUGGUACUUUAUUUUAUUGUUAUACUUAUUUAGUUAAAAAUAAAGGUGGUGAUGAACAUCCUCAAAAAAUUUAUAUUAAAAAACAAAGUGGUAAAACUAGAGAACCUAAAGUUCAUCGUCAAAAAUUAGUUAAUGGAAGACUUGUUAUUGAAGAUAAAGAAAGAAAAUAUACAAAACAACAUUCAAUGUUAAUCGAUUUCAUUGAUACUCAUAUGAACCAAAUUAAAUCUUAUAAUAAAUUCAUCGUUUCUAGAGUUUUACAAGACUUUAAAAGAGAAAAUCCUGAUGUUAAAAUAUCUUAUGGUUUAGUAAAGAAAGUAUUAGAACAACAAGCUUUAUUACCUGCCAAUAAAAAAACUUACUACAAACUUGAUUAA